UAUAUAAAAUAUGAUGUAAACGAUGUCCUUUUUUAUUUGUGUCCAUAUGCUUAAAAAGGGAAUGAUAGCAAAGGUCUCUUUUCCGAGGCACUAGAGAUUUUGCGACAGAAGAGUAGUCUAGCAAAAACUAAUAUCGCGCUUCAAUGUAGUGGGUUUUAGAUAGAAUCUUUGAAUGCAUGCUUCAACCCCGUCAUUGAGUUCAUGGUCAAAUAAGGUUUCGUACUACAAAUAAACGGAUUAUACGAAACGCCGUGAACUCAUUUGUGCUUUCGACGCUUUUAACAUCGUUGUGGAAGAAAGAAGAUGGAAGAAGUCUAUGACCAUUCUCGGCAUAGAUAUUGUAUUUUUAUCGAUUUGGGCUAUGACAUCCUCACCUCUGGAGCGGUAGCCAUUAAUAGACCUCAAUUAAUUGUUAAAGGGUCUGAACACGAAUUCCGCACCUCAAUUUUAUAUGACACUACCACCAGAAAUAUUAUUGCCAGAGACUACAAGGCUGAUGAAGCGAAUAAGAAUCCGAAAGGGCUCCAGGAAGGCGUUAUUUAUAUACACAACACCCUAAGCGAGCUCGCUGACAUUUACUUAAAACCCAAUCAACAACCUUUCUAUAAUAUGGCACUGUACGUGCUCUUAUGCAAGGAAGCUAUAGACCUGUUACAAAUAAUACGGUAUUAUUAUGAACUAGGAUUGAAUAGUGUAGAUAUGGAUUUUUGCUAUUCUUUGAAUUUUCCAACCAGUUGGGAUUAUGAAAUAAGAGAAGAAUUGUUCCUGCCUCUAUUCGUAAAAGCUGGUCUUCUCCAUAAAAAUGAUGGUCCGGGCAGGCUGGUGUUUUUUUCAAUGUUAGAGUUAAAUUUUCAGAACAUACAGGCAGGUAGAUACAACUAUGCUGAUAGAAACUUAAAGUAUGGUGAUCAGCGCGUUAUGUGUACAAUUGAUUAUCAAGGUACAUACUCCGUGGAUUUGAAAUUGGUAUCAGCUCAAUAUCCUGCCUUCAGAUUAGCACAAAGAAAAUUGGUGCCACAAUUGUUGAAACAAACUCACUUUGUAAUCCCGUUUGGACCAAAGGAACUACGAUUAUCAUUAAUAGCAUGUGUGGAAAAGCAUUGUGAUACUACGUUAUCAUCAGAAUCUAUCGACAACAUGCUUGAUAAACUCAGUCGAAAGUACGAUGGAAUUAAUUAUUUUGUAAGAGUUAAUUAAAAAGAAAUUGGGAAAAUAAUUAAAAACGUUUUUUUUUUUUGCCAGGAAGAUAUAGGUGAUGUUUUACAUGAUCAGCCAUUGCCAGACUUGAAAUCUCGCUGGGCGAAUAGAUUAAUUACUUUAGAGGACAUACU